AUAAUAAGCAAGUGAACUCGUAACAGGUGAGGAAAACUUGCAUGGAUGUGUUAGGAGGAUCAACCAAAGGAUUCGUGUUUUUAAGCAGUGAUGGGUUGUGGUUUACCACUUUGUUCCAAACUUCAGGAGAGAACUGCCAAUGCCCAGCGCAGGGCACUUAUUCAUCACAGGGCUUCGGCCACCCCCAACCCCCAGACAUAGCCAAUCAUGUCUGUGCCACACCCAGCUGGCUGAUAGCACCUCUGAGAUUUAAGCGGAUCUGGAAUAAUAAACCGCUGCACCCCCUUAGUGCCCAGGAUCUUCUUUUUUCUUCCUACUGUUAAAUCUACAGAAUUGAAGUUAGUUCUGAAUCCUUGAUCAUUUCGUUUGUGCUUAUUUUUCUUUCUACAGAUAAAAAUCUGCAUGAUGGAUGACAUGUACUUUUUCACAGUGGAUGUAAGUAAAUUCUCACCAGAACAAGUGAUCGUCAGCUCUUCAAAUAACCUCGUACAGGUUUCUGCUGAGAAGCUGGCAUCAGAUGGCACAAUCAUCGAGGCAUUUUCAGAGAAAUGCCAGUUUCCAGCUGAUGUGGAUCCCAUGACAAUUACAUCAUCCUUGGGGAACAGUGGUGCACUGACCGUCAGAGCUUGGAAAUACAAGGGAAAUGGUUUAACAAGCAAAGAAGUCUAGACUAACAACAGGUCUCUACAGUGUCUGUGGAUUUAACAGUUUGUGCUUCGUAAGUGCUUUGCAUAUCAAACUGAUACAUUGUAAACUUUAGAUUUGUCAUGUGUAAAUUAUCUUGUAGACUACAUUUGUUUAUUAAUGUAAUUAAUCAAGUGUAAGGAGUUACUUUUCUGUUUUGGUAAAUUCAGUUUUAUAUGAAUUAAUGUACACUUAUUUACACCGUGUUAGUGGAUAUUGGAACAUUUUUAUGUCCCUUUU